AUGGCAAUUGACGUCCUGCGCAAGGUCAGCGGCUCUAGCAGCCAUGCUGCCUUAUCUUUCGUCGCCGGCGCCAACAGCGCUCCCGUAUCAACCUCGAGCAACACAUCCGCACCCAACUCGACUCGUGGCGCAUCGCCCAACCACACACCACGAAGCAGCAUUUCGCGUGAGAGCUCCAGCAAGGACAAGGAUGUCGGUCGAAUGACCAAGAUGAGGGCCGCAAUGCACAUUGGUUCCGUCUAUGAUGACUGGCCAAUGUAUUCGGCCAACGGAGACGACUACAUCGUUGGAGAUGUGAUCGGCUUCGGUGCAUCUUCCCUCGUUCAUCAAGGUGUUUUUAAGCCACUCGACAAAGCUUGCGCCAUCAAAGUCAUCGAUCUCGAAGCAUACGGCCGAGACACGGAAGAGUUACGGCGAGAAACGCAGCUCAUGUCUCUCUCCAAGCAUCCCAACGUCCUUCGUGUGCGUGGUUGCUGGGUCAAAGGUGCCAAACUCCACAUCGCGACACGUCUCAUGAGCAGUGGAUCGAUGCUCGACAUCAUGCACUUCGCCCAUCCGGAGGGUUUCGACGAAACCGUCAUCGCCACUGUUCUCAAGCAAGCGCUCGAAGGUCUCAACUACCUCCACGUCAACGGCUGGCUUCAUCGCGACCUCAAGGCAGCAAAUAUCCUCGUCGAUGAUGACGGUACGGUGUUGCUCGGCGACUUUGGUGUUGGCGUCUUUGUAGGCGAUACCGACAAGUCGUCUGGCACCGUCUCGAGCGAGGGCAAACGCAAGAGCUUUGUCGGCACGCCCUGCUGGAUGGCUCCCGAAGUCAUCGAACGCAAGCAUUACGGCACAAAGGCCGACAUCUGGAGUUUCGGUAUUACUGCCUUGGAGCUGUCGCAAGGUCGAGCGCCCAACUCGAAGCUCAAUCCAGUCAAAGUUCUGAUGCGCACCAUGCAAGAUGAGCCGCCACAGCUCGACCGCACAGGAGGAGCACACAAGUACUCGAAGCUCAUGGAUGACUUUGUUCGCCAGUGUCUGCAGAAAGAUCCCGAAAAGCGUCCGACGGCGGACAAACUGCUUUCGCAUGGCUUCUUCAAGCAGGCCAAGGCGCCCAAGUAUCUCAUCUCGGCCAUUCUUGCUGGUCUUCCACCUCUGGCAGAUCGACAAGAACGCCGACGUCUGGCUUCGAUCCAUUCAACACAGCACCACCUCUCCUGGGACUUUGGCACCAUCAGCAGCCGCACCACUACGCCGAACCUCGAAAAGUUCGACCCCUUUCGCAACUUUACCGGCGUCGUGUCGCUUCCUUCACCACACGGAUCUGUUCGAUCGACCAAGCUUGUCUCAAUUGACGGUCAACACGUGCUUGCAACUGAGGAGGGCGAUACCAGCUUGAUGCGGGGAUUCAGCAGCUAUGACGAUUCGCCUUCGAAGCAGGGUGCUGCUGCUGGAACUGGUUUGCAGAGCAGUAUCGGUCGAAGACGUCGUCGGUCGGCGGAUGCGCUUGGUCAUCGCAAGUCGGUCUCGUUUGAGAGCACUGAUGCUAAGGUAGGUGCUGAAGGCGUUAAUGCUUUUGGGGCAGUGGUUGGAGGCUCCUCGCUUGCUCCGAUCGGUGAGAAGGUUUCACCAAUGCUUUCGCCAGCACAGCAGCCGGUGGGUGGGGAAGAGCCGACGAAGCUCCGAUUGAGCACGGAUGCUUUGACUGGCACGGCACCUCAGCAAACAGAGACGACACCCACCAAAGCCACCGAAGAGCCCAUCGCUUCAAGUCGAGCCAGCAACAGCACAGGUUCAACUGAAAGCUCGUCGCCCAAGCAACGCUCCGUGUCGUCCCCCACCACUGCUACCUUGACUCCCAAGCGCAGUGAGUCGGACAAAGUCGCCAUGCCUGCGCCCACAACACCUGCCAGUCAGAACAUGCUGCAGCGCACCGCUAGUCGAUUGCGCGGCGAAAAGGACGGAGGUGCAGCUGCCAGCGCAAGCAGUAAGGAAAGCAAGCAUCAAAAGAGAGAAUCGGUCUUUGGCAAGCUGUUCAAGGGUGCUAGCAGCACUCGAAAGGAGGGCAAGGUGUAG